ACUUGUUAAUGGAGUGCACCGGAAGUGGGUGACACGAUAGGGAUAUAUGACCGGUCCAUCGAUCCUUCUCAGGAAAGUGGAGGCCAAACUACUAGUACUACUCGGCGAUAUGUGGGAACCCACUAUCAGUCCGUAGUAAGCCUGACAAACCGCCUGGAACACCAUAAAUUCCGCCCCCCUCUCCGAAGAAAAACACGGAGGGACUCAACCGGGACAAAGCCACCCACAGCCCAACAUCAUGUCAGCCAUGUCAUCCCUUCUGGUGGGACUUGCCGUCGGUGCGGGCACAGGCCCGGAGCUGGCCGAGGUGUUCGAGCAAGUGAUCCACGCCCUGGCCGCGCCGUAUGGGACGAAGAUCGACUUCGUCCGCUCCCCGCGGAUCUACCAUUCGUACGCCUCCCUGCUGGCGGCCAACGAGACCGAUGUCGUGACCGAGGAGACGCGACAGGAUACCAUCCACUACCGGCAGUUCUGCGAGGAGGCCGCCGCGCGCGGCGUGCGAGCUAUCUUCCGCACCUCGAUCUCGGCCCAGGCGCUGUAUCUGGUGCGCGAGCAGCUCGAGGCCGUCAAGUGCGAGCAUUACUGGCAGAGCCCGACCGCAUCGCUCGUGCUGGUCCGCGAUCAGGCGCAGGGAUUCUACGGGGGGAUUAACACGGUGGAGGCGGAUGGGCAGGCCGUGUCGCGCACGGUCCAGUUUCGCAAGGCCAUCUUCGACCGAAUCAUCACCUUCGGCCUGACUCGCGCGCGACAGCUCCUGGCGGAACGAACCACGGGGGUGGCGAUCGAGACGAUCACGCUCGUCUACAAGUUUCACCUGUUUGACGGGCUCUUCUUGCAGUGGGCCCGCGAUUGGGAGCAGACCCACGGGGUCACCGUUCGCUGCGUGCAGGGCGACACCAUGAACCGGAACCUGUUGGCGGCGGGAGGGAUCGAGGGCCACCAGGUGCUUAUCGCCGCCAAUGAGUACGCGGACCUGAUGCAGACCGUGCUGUUGGACCGGUUUGGGCUCGGGGCGCAGGAGGGGGCGUGUGCAGAAAACAUCUAUCUGCAUCCCACGGUGCAGGGGCUGAGCGAAUGGCAGACGGCGCAUGGGUCCGCCGAUGAUCUGACCGGACAGGGCAUUGUCAAUCCCACGGCCACGAUCCGGGCCGUCGCGGCCAUCUUGGAGGAGAAGGCGCUCUGUGUGGGAGUCAAGCGCAUCACGGAUCUGGCCCUCCACCAGCUGGCCGUCCAGGGCGUACAGACCCCCGACCAGGGCGGCUCGGCCACCACCGCGGCAUUUGUGGAAGGAUUCUUGGAUGCUGCUGCUGCUGCUGCUGCUGCUGCUUCGGCGGUGACAUCGGCUACGUCUCCGGCCAGUCUAGCAGCAGUCGCAUCCGACACCGCACUGAUUGUGGUGGAUUUCCAAAACGACUUUGUCACGCAGUAUCGGUCGCCACGCGAGAUGGAGCGGAUCAGUGCCAACAUCGCGCAGCUGGUGGAUCAAGCCCGCCAGGCCCAGACCGAAGUCAUCUGGGUCCGAUUCGUCGGAGAUCCGGAAUAUCAGCCGCGGAGCUGGCGCCAACGGAACCAAGAGCAACAGCGUAAGCCGUGGUGUCUGCGCGGAACCUGGGGGGCCGAGCUGUUUGGGGCGGUGCAACCGCGGGCCACGGAACGCCAGUUCGAGAAACGUGCCUGCUAUGACCCCUUCCUGGCACCGGGAUUCGAACACUAUCUGCUGGAGCGGAAUUUGGCGCACCUGGUCGUGGUGGGACUGUUCACGGAUGUGUGUGUCGAUGCCACGGUGCGCGGAGCCUUCCAGCGGGGGUGGUUGACGACGGUGGUGAAAGACUGCACGGCCGGCCAUCAUUUUACCGAGGAGCAAUGGUUGGCGUACAUGCAACGGGUGUACGGCACCCACGUUGCCGAACGGGGCGCGUUGGAGGGGGUUUGGGGGCCAGGGCCAAGAGCGACGAAGGAGGCCGCCGGGGGGAAUACGAGGGCCAUGCAGGGCCUAAAAGCUUAGCGCUGCAGUAGCCUCGGCGCAAAGUGGAGGGGAAUGGACGCGGUAAAGGGUAUCUAAUAGCAAUGCAAUCUCCCGCUUAAUAUAUCCAGCCAUGCCAUCCAUCCCUUUCCCGCCACGGCCACUCCUCCCCCUUCCUUCCUAGUCACAACCAUGCAUCCU